AGGGCUCCAGGAGGCCGCGCAGAAGAGCGCCCCUUCGACGGCCCCUCCCCCAACUUUCACCGCGUGAGCCGGGAACCCGUCGCCCUGGCUGCUUGGUCGCCGUGGUAGGUCGUUGUCAUGGCCUCUUCGUGGGAUGAGCUGACCCUUGCGUUUUCUAGCAUGUCUAUGUUCCCCUUUUUUGACAUCGCCCACUACCUGGUAUCCGUGAUGGCGCUGAAGCGUCAGCCGGGAGCAGUGGCGGUGGCAUGGAAGAAUCCUGUUUCAAGUUGGUUUACUGCUAUGCUCCACUGUUUUGGUGGAGGAAUUUUAUCCUGUGUACUGCUUGCAGAGCCUCCAUUGAGGUUUCUUGCAAACAACACUAACGUAUUACUGGCAUCUUCAAUCUGGUAUAUUAUUUUUUUUUGCCCACAUGACCUAGUUUCCCAGGGCUAUUCUUUCCUACCUGUUCAACUCUUGGCUGCAGGAAUGAAGGAAGUGACCAGAACUUGGAAAAUAGUAGGUGGAGUCACACAUGCUAAUAGCUAUUACAAAAAUGGCUGGAUAGUCAUGAUAGCUAUUGGAUGGGCCCGAGGUGCAGGUGGUAGCAUAAUCACGAAUUUUGAGCAGUUGAUAAAAGGAGGUUGGAGACCACAAGCUGAUGAAUGGCUGAAAAUGUCCUACCCUGCCAAGGUAACCCUGCUGGGGUCAAUUAUCUUCACAUUUCAGCACACUGAACAUCUGUCAAUAUCAAGACAUAAUCUUGUGUUCCUCUAUACCGUGUUUCUUGUGGUCACAAAGAUGAUCAUGAUGAUUACAGAGACUGCUACUGUGCCAUUUGCUCCUUUUGAGGACACAUUGAGAUGGAUAUUAUUUGGCUGGCAGCAGCAAUUCUCACCAUAUGAAAAGAAAAGUGAAAUAAAAUCAUCUUUCAGAGGUAGUGGUUCAUCGACCUCAAAAUCUAUAGCUGGUACUUCAGAUAAAGUUAAAAAGAAGCAUACUAAGAAGACUGAGUAAAUUUACUUUUUAGAAGGCAAAAAAUUUCUUAUCUACCUGUCAGAUUGUGAUAAAUAUUUCUAUUGUAAAUGAUGUGAAAUAAAGAUUACAUAUAAGGAAUGGAGGUGACAAAAAGAAAGAACUUCUUUCUAUUUCAGGGAGACUCUCCCUUUCGGGAUUAUAAUUCUUGAGUGUUAAUGAGUGUAUCAUGUGAAAUUGUUUUUCUAAGUUAUAUAAAAAUAUUUUAUUGUGGUUAUUUUGUAGUUUUAUACUGAUAAAAAGCAGGCUAGAUUUUUUUAAUGUUGAAGAAAGUAAACCUACUAUCAUUGCAAAAUUAUAAAAAUUAAAGCCCUUUUGUUUUAUUUGGCUUUUUUAAUCUAUUUGAGCUUUUGUUCAGCAGCAUUAAACUUUUAUUUUACAUUACCAUAUAAUUUCUAGAUAUGGAAAACAAUUCCUCUUUAAUUUCGAACACUGGGAAGAAUAAACUUUACCUAAGUCACUUUAAAUUACAAAUGAAAAUAAACUACUGGUUUGUAUUUUAGAUAUAAAAAAUUGUAUAUUUUGUCCACAUUAAAUGGAAAUAUCUGAAACCUUACUAAUUUUUUUCUAGUAGUUUUUUUCAGUGAGGACAGAAUAUUAGCCUGUCUAUUUCAUGCCCUUGUUCAUACUGUUUCUUUUUCUCAAAUCAGGACUGUAAUUUUUAAUAAAUUACUAAUCCUAUGUUUUGCUUUGUAAGUUUUAUUUGAGGAGUUUAUGUUCUUUUCUCUCUCCUUAAAACAUAUGUAUUUUUAACUGUAGGAGAAAUUAUUCUCAGCAAUUUACAUUCUCUUUCUGAUCUUUGUUGGUUUGAAUACAUUGAUGGCAGUAUCAUCUUAAUGAUUCAACAAAAAGCAUUAUUUCAAUAUAAAAAUUGUCCCUUUAUAUCUCUUUUCUAGUGGAACUUUUCAGUUUUCUAGUUGAAAUGUCUCCGACUAGUUUGCAUAUGUUUAUGUCCUAUUUUAAUCUAUAUGUACAUGCAUAUAUUAUUCAUUUUAUUUUAAAUUAAAAAUUAUACCCUUACGUGAAAAUGCUUAGCUCUAAUGAGAGCUGUCCUUGGGCCUUGGCAGUAACCCGCUAAAAUCUCAUAUGGUGGUCCAUGUGAGUGAAGAAUGGUAACAUUAAAUCUGGUUCCUUUUAGAUUUCUUGCUUUAUUUUGUAGUUUAAAAGUUCAGUGAUAACUUUAAAACUCUGUGACACACAUUUCUUCCAUCCAGACUAUGAACCUGCCUACCUGCAAAGAAUUAGUAUGUAUCUGCCAUUUUUGGAUAGCUAAGAAGUACUCAAAAUCACAUUCAAAUUAGGAGGUUGUUUUAAAAAAUUGUUUAACAUUUUUAACAGAUACAAAUAGCAGCAGGGACUAUACUUUUACUUGCUAAAAAAUUUUUUUUCUGGUGGGUAGGACCUUUGAUAGCUUUUGGAUGCUAAGAAGUUUAUUUUUAAUAUUGUGACAAAAGACAUUAAGUAUUUAAAAGUUAUUAUAUUUGAUACUCUUGUAGUUAAGAACUUUUCAAAAUUGACAUGUUAUUAAUUGUUGACUUAAUUUUGAAGUUUGGGUUUGACUAUAGUUGAAAUGGCAAGAAUCUUGUAUUAAG